AUGAAGCUACUCCCUACUUUUGUGGCCAUUGUUGCCGUCUCGUGUUCGCAAGUAUUCGCCCAAGCUUGUGUACCCAUUGCUGAGAGGGACAUCGCCCCUGGGUACAAGGUCCGAGUAGAAUGCGAUCAGUAUCGAAAGGGCACAUCAACCCCGAAAGUCCCAUCCCUUGAUGACUGCGCUAUUCUCUGCAAGAAUUCUGGCAUCACUGGCGCUGUAUGCAGCUACUCUCAAACCAGCAAGAUUUGUGUCGUUGCCAAGCCAGACGCCCCUCUGGUUUCCAAGGCCGGUAUCUUCCUCAUGACGCCAAUCGACGACGACGACGACAAGUGCCCUGCAGAGCUCAAGACGUGCGAGGACCGCUAUGCCAAAUGCCAGGCAGAUCUGAACCAGGCCAUGCAGGAGCUAAACCUAAAGGACCAGGAGUUGACAAACGAGAAGGAUACCGUGAAGAAAUUACAGGAGGAGCUUGAUGAGGCCAACAAAUGCUGCCUGAAUAACGGCCCUGGUGGUUCCCAACCGCCCAGCAACCAGAACCCCUCAGGUGGCAAUACCGAAAAACCGACUCACUGCGGUUCUUCCCUUUCUGCUUCCGGAGUCUUUCCCACUGACAGGAAAGUUGACACAACUUCAAAUACGUCGACUGCAAAAUUCCAGAGGCGGCUCGGCCCCUUGACCAUUUCUAACAUCGGGCUGAAGUUCGAAAGUGGAAACAUAGUCGUCGUGCUUGACGCAACACUCAAAGUCGGACCCGUUGAGAUGCAGGUGAUGGAUUUUGGACUCGGGCUCAAGCUAGCUGAUCUAUCCAAAGACACGUUCAGCUUCAUCCCCUCACUCGCCGGGUUCGGGUUGGCAAUCGACUCUCCCCCGCUCGAUCUUGCCGGCGCAUUGAUCAAGCGCGGAGACUUUUACAUGGGCGGGGUGAUGGCGGCGUUCAAGCCAUAUAUCUUCCAAGCAGUUGGCGCAUACGGGAUCAUCAAGAAGGAGAAUGGCGAGAGAUCAAGACAGCCUUCGUCAUCUUAG